AAACAAUAAGAAGAAAAAGAAGAACAAGAUUGGUAAAGGCAAAUGUGAAAUUAGGAGAGGGAAACUAGAAUGGGCAACGGGCAGAAACGGCUACAUCAAAUGAAAGUGAAUGGGGGCAUAAACUACCAUUCCAACAACAUCAUAGUAUUAACGUUAAAACGAGGAAGGAACAAAAACCAUCGGAGAAACAUGUCUGUGUUCUAGUUUCACUGUGGCAAAGUCCUUUCCUUUUUCAAUCAAUUUUGUUACUCUGCUUGUGUUUAAGUGUAACUUCAUAAUAUUCUUGCCACUAGAUCUUGGUUACAUAUUAGACCCACCCACUUGUGAAUUUUGCUAAUAAACACUUCGGGCCAAGAUUGGUCAAUGUGUCUCUUGGAAUCAAAGUAGUGCAAGGAAUUCUACUUGUCAAGGUUAACUUUUGUUUCUGUGAAGGGUGAAAGUUUGGAAAUUGCAUGUUUCCAAAUCUGGGUCUUGCUUAAUUCUUGUGCCUGGGUUUCUAUCUGCUAAGUAUCUUCUGUUCUGCCCCAGUUGUGGAUUUCGGGCCUUUGAUUUCCACUUUCAAACCUCCAAUGGUUUGAACUGACUGUGAUGGAGGUUAGGGGAAAUGAGCAUGGUUAGGACAUUUAUGUGGCCUAUAGCUUCAUGAUAGUCAGGUUAGGACUCAUAGUAGCUGCUUCCAUUGCAGCCCUCACAGUUAAGCAGCUGAAUGUGAAUGACACAAGAUCAGAACGCGGUGAAGCAAGGAUUAGAAACGAUCAAGAUGAGGCUACAGAAGAGGCGCAGGUCAAUUGUUCUAUUGAUGGUCACACCGAGAAGAGGGAAGAGGAAGAGCAAGAGGAGGUUAAGCUAAUCAACAGCAUAAUCAAUCAAACUGAUGAUUUUGAAGAUGAUAUUCUACCAGAAUUUGAAAAACUUCUAUCUGGGGAGAUUGAUUUUCUAUCACUUGAUGAGAAGACUGAUGAGGAGAAGAAAGGGGGAGUUUAUGAAACUGAAAUGGCUAACAAUACCAGUGAAUUAGAACGGUUACAGAAUCUAGUGAAGGAAUUGGAGGAUAGGGAAGUGAAACUUGAAGGUGAAUUGCUUGAGUACUAUGGUUUGAAGGAGCAGGAAGCAGACUUUGUGGAGUUACAAAGGCAGUUGAAAAUUAAGACUGUAGAAAUUGAUAUGCUUAAAAUGACCAUUAAUUCCUUGCAGGAAGAGAGGGAGAAGCUUCAAGAAGAGCUUGCACAUGGAGCUUCAGCCAAGAGAGAACUUGAGGCGGCCAAAGGCAAGAUCAAGGAACUGCAAAGGCAGAUACAGCUUGAGGCUAACCAGGCAAAAACCCAGUUGUUGUUGCUCAAACAAAAAGUUUCUGGUCUAGUGUCGAAAGAAGAGGAGGCCGCCAAGAAAGAUGUUGAAAUUGGAAAGAAAUUGAAAGCUCUGAAUGACUUGGAGGUUGAAGUUGUGGAGCUUAAGAGAGAAAACAAAGAACUUCAACACGAAAAGCAAGAAUUAACAGUUAAACUCAAUGCUGCUGAAUCUAGAAUUACAGAACUCUCCAAUGUGACAGAGAAUGAAAUGGUUGCCAAGACCAAAGAGGAGGUCAGUAGCCUAAGGCAUGUGAAUGAAGACUUGCUUAAGCAAGUGGAAGGACUCCAGAUGAAUAGGUUCAGUGAAGUUGAAGAGCUUGUAUAUCUUCGUUGGGUCAAUGCAUGCUUAAGGUAUGAGCUCAAGAAUUACCUGGCACCUCCAGGAAAAUUAUCAACCCAUGAUCUAAAUACCAGUCUCAGCCCCAAAUCACAAGAGAAGGCUAAGCAGUUAAUGUUAGAAUAUGCUGGAUCAGAGCAUGGACAAGGUGACACAGAUCUUGAUUGCUACUUCUCUCAUUCCUCUUCACCAGGCAGUGAAGAUUUUGAGAAUGCUUCUUCCUUUGAUAGCUCUAUGCAUAAACAUAGUGGUGUUAGCAAGAAAACUAGUUUAAUCCAAAAGUUGAAGAAAUGGGGCAAAAGCAAAGAUGAUUCAAGUGCUCUUUCAUCAGCAGCCAGAUAUCUUUCAGGUGUCUCUCCUAGCAGGAUGAGUAUGAGUAAUAGACCAAGGGAUUCCCUGGAAUCCUUGAUGCAAAGGAAUGCUGGUGAUUCUGUAACCAUCACUACCUCUGGACAGAAGGAUCAGGAACCUACUGAUUCUCCUGAAACUCUAGCUCUUCCUAACAUAAGAAGAGUUUCAUCUAGCGACUCCUUAAAUUCUGUUGCAGCUUCAUUUCAAUUGAUGUCUAAUACAGUUGUUGCAUAUCUGGAUGAAAAAUAUCCUGCAUAUAAAGACCGCCACAAAUUGGCCUUACAGAGGGAGAAACAAAUUAAGGAAAAGGCUGAGAAAGCAAGAGCGGAGAAGUUUGGUGGCAAUUCAAAUUUGAAUAUGACCAAGGCUGAAAGAGAGAGGACAACAUCUUUGCUACCAAAACUCACCCAAUUAAAGGAAAAGGCAUAUGUUUCUGGUAGUCCAAAUGAUCAUCCUGACAAUGUUAAGAAUGUUGAUAAUCAAACCAUUAGCAAGAUGAAGCUAGCCCACAUUGAGAAAAGGCCACCUAGGGUGCCUCAGCCACCUCCUAAACCAUCUGAUGGUGCUCCUGUUAGUGCAAAUUCAAACCCUUCAAAUGGAGUAUCAUGUGCUCCACCUCAGCCUCCGCCUCCACCCCCACCAGAACCACCAGGUGGAUCACUUCCCACUCCCCUGGGAAACCUAUCAAGAGGAGAGUUAGCUGGUGAUAAAGUUCACCAUGCUCCAGAGCUAGUUGAAUUUUAUCAAACAUUGAUGAAACUGGAGGCAAAGAAGGAUACUUCAUUAAUAUCAUCAACAACUUAUCCAUUUGAUGCUAGGAGCAACAUAAUUGGGGAGAUUGAGAAUAGAUCAUCAUUCCUCUUAGCUGUGAAAGCCGAUGUGGAAACACAGGGUGACUUUGUCAUCUCCUUGGCAACUGAAGUUAGAGCAGCCUCGUUCUCUAAGAUUGAAGAUCUGGUGGCUUUUGUGAACUGGCUAGAUGAGGAACUUUCCUUCUUGGUCGAUGAACGAGCUGUUCUCAAGCACUUUGAUUGGCCUGAAGGGAAAACAGAUGCAAUGAGGGAGGCGGCUUUUGAAUAUCUGGAUCUGAUGAAAUUAGAGAAGCAAGUCUCCACCUUCACUGAUGAUCCCAAACUCCCAUGUCAAACUGCUUUGCAGAAAAUGUACUCGUUGCUUGAAAAAGUGGAGCAAAGCAUAUAUGCACUCUUACGGACAAGAGAUAUGGCUAUUUCAAGGUACAAAGAGUUUGGAAUACCAGUAACUUGGCUAUUAGAUACAGGACUUGUGGGCAAGAUCAAGCUUUCUUCUGUGCAACUGGCAAACAUGUAUAUGAAACGUGUUGCAUCUGAACUUGAAAUAUUAUCUGGACCCAAGAAGGAACCGACCAGAGAGUUUUUGAUUCUGCAAGGAGUGCAUUUUGCUUUUCGUGUUCAUCAGUUUGCAGGAGGCUUUGAUACGGAGAGCAUGAAAGUUUUUGAAGAACUAAGGAGCCGCAUCCAUGCUCCUCCACCAGGUGAAGAUAAUAAUAACCAGAAACGUAGUUGAUCAACAAAAGAUUUUUUUUUCCAAUUUUUUUUCACACUAGUAGUUGCUUCUCUAAUAUGUGUUACCCUGUUAGCUGUAUAUGUCAUUCUUCUGGCUCAAUUUUCAUUGAAUAUACUGAAUGCUAUACAAUGAUAUAAAAAAAAUCAUACCGUAGUUGUAGCUUUGUAAGGUGAAAAUGAAAAUAAUGAUCACUGUAUUUGUACGGUUACACCAAUGUAAUGAACGACACUCAUUAGCAUUUUCUUUCUAAAAUGUGUAAAAUAAAGCUACUAGUCUUUUUGGAACCU